UGGGGAUGCGGGCGGCGGAGGCACGGAGCUGACGGCGCCGCCUCUGCCCCAGCCCCGCUGCACGAAGCUGCCGGGGCCGGGGCCGGGGCCGGAGGGGCCAGGUGGCUAACCCGUUCGAGCUUUGCCGGGUGCGGUCCCUGAAUCCCGAGACGGACCUGUGACGAGUCAGAAGCUGAAGAAUGACGGUGUUGGUCCGUACGUUCGUGACUCUGUUGAUUGUGGCUACUGGUACCAUUCUCUGUGUCCUGCUCUGCCCGCGCUUUUGUCUGCAGCACUGUUGGCUGAGUUUCAAACCUGGGGAGAAGCAGGAAAGUUCCCGGCUCACCACUUCUCGCACCCGCAGCUUCCAGAGCUACAGCCGUGUUCCUGAUGGGAAGCCACUUGUCCGAGCCCCAUGCCACCGGUGCGCUAUCGUAUCCAGCUCAGGCCAGAUGCUGGGGUCACGGCUGGGGAAGGAGAUUGACCAGAGGGAGUGUGUGCUGCGCAUGAACCAGGCGCCCACCACUGGCUAUGAGGAGGAUGUGGGGACAAGGAGCACCAUCCGAGUCGUCUCACACACCAGCAUCCCCUUGCUUGUGAGGAACCACUCGUACUUCUUUGAGCAGUCUUUGGAGACCCUCUACAUCGUCUGGGGGCCUGCCAAGGUGAUGGGCAGGGAGAAGGUGGGGAGGACUUACAGGAGCCUCCUGAAGGUGAAGCAGAUGUAUCCCAGCCUGGAGAUCUACACACUGACCGAGAAGAUGAUGGCAUACUGCGACGAGGUCUUCCAGAACGAGACGGGCAAGAACAGGAUGAAGUCUGGCACCUACCUAAGCACUGGCUGGUUCACCAUGGUUCUGGCCAUGGAGCUGUGUGAACAGAUCCACAUCUUUGGCAUGAUCAGCGAUGGCUACUGCAGGGAGAAGAACCACCCCACCGUGCAGUACCACUACUUUGAGAAGGGCAAGCUGGACGAGUGCCGCAUGUACCUGGUCCACGAGAGAGCCCCGCGUGGUGCACACCGCUUCAUCACUGAGAAAGUUGUCUUCUCUCGCUGGGCCAAGCGGAGGAACAUGGUCUUCAUCCAUCCCUCAUGGGUGGGUGGGUAGGGAGGGCGCGUACCAGCCAUACUAACUGACAAAGGCACGUUUCAGGUGGUGUCAGGUGCCCACUCUUUCCAGAGGCUCUGUCUGUGUUGGAGCCUAGCACCACAGGGCCUGGCCUCUCUGCAGGUUUGAUCUUUGGUCUCUGCUCAGGCCAGGUGCUGAGCUGGAGGAAGGCAGAGAAACCCCAGGGUGCAGUUCAGAGCACUCGAGGCCUCAGCUGGAGAGAGCCUGCAUCUCAUAGGCCCUCGGUGUGCUGAGCCCUGGCCUGAGGAGCUGCCUCGGAAACGUUUUAAUCUUUGAUACCAGGAUGAAUAUUCAGUGCUGUAUUAAACAUUUAGGUCUCCAUGCAGUAACAGGUGGCAGGCCUGGGACUGGAUCUGUUCUGGGGUUGUCAGGGCCUGUUCUGGGCUGGAAUUCAUCACUGCUGUGCAAAGGCCAUGCCCCACUCAAAGUUCACUUGUGCCCUCAAGCCUGGAAGGAAGAGUGGUCUUGCUAUUAGAGCACUGGCCUGAGACUCAGGAGGGGGUGGGGGUCAAAUCUUAGCUUUGCCUCAGUUUCUCUGUGUGACCAUGAACAAGUUGUCUAGGACCUGAUCCAGGUCAGUGGAAAGACUCCCAUUUAUUUCAGUGGGCAUUGGGCUUGGGGCCUUAGUCUCUGUUCCCAUUUCAACUCUUCUACUUGGAUGUAGUAUCUCUCCCUUCCACCCUAGGUCUUGCCUCUUUAGACCGCAAGCCUCUUACCAUAUGUAUGUGCAGCACCUAGUGCACAGGGGUCCUGAUCUCUGUUGGGGUUUCUGAGCCACACUGAUUCCUAUGGUCUUGCAUGAAGCAGCACACAAGACUUGUGUGGGUGAUUUUCCUCUACCGGAAACAAAAUGGGGGGUGAUGACUUUUCAAUGCUCUGAUGCUUCCUUCAGUUUUCUUCUAAAGCUUCCUCUUGUUUGGACUUGGCCAAGCAGAAGGAAACAGCUUGUUAUCAGGUGCAGGGUGGUGCCUGCUCUGCUAUUCACCUGAGAGAAGAGGCCACAUUACUUCCUCAUCUCCCAGUCAGGGCAGCAACUGUCCUGGUGCCAGCCACAUUAGAAAGCGCGCUUCUAUUCAGACUCUGCAUUGUGGGCUGAAAAGCUGAAGUUUACAUUUCUUAUCUCAAUUCUCUGUUUCCAAGCGCAGGGAGUUUUGACCUCAUGCUCUGAUCUGGGCACUUAGGGGUGAGGACUGGUCUGCACCUCCUGCUGUCCUUGCAUUCUUACCUUUCUAAGAGUUUGAGAAACAUGCAUCUCCAAGCACUUUGCAGUGUCCUAGCCUGCCCCAUGACCUGAGACCUCCACGGCCUGAAUUCUCAGAGAGGCAGUGGCUUGCUAUGGACUUCAGUGGCAUUGGCAGCUUUUUGCUGCAGAAGAGGCGCCAGCCCCAAUAGUACCCUGAAUCGAUAGCACUUUAAUCCUGCAGACAUUUAUUUAACUGGAACUGAGCACAGCCACCCUGGCAUCCAGCGGGGGAAGGCCCUGGGGCCCGAUUCUGUCCCUUUUUCCUGGGUGGGUCCCCUUCAGGCCCUUGUGUUGCCUUUGUUACCAAGUGCCCUUGGAUUAAUACCAAAGCACCUGGACCUAAUAAAGUCCUUUUAAAUUUUC